AUGGCGGCUCUGUGGACUGCAGCCUCGAAAUCCAGCGGUGGUGCCGAUUCAGACCAUUCGGACCUCGAAGCGUCGGUGGUUCGGGAGCAGCACCAAGCGACAGCAGCAGCGCCAGCUCCUCUUCUUCUUCCUCCGUCUUCUUCCUCUCAUGAAAAUGGCGGAGCCACCCACAAACGAAAAAGAAGACCUGCAGGCACACCAGAUCCGGAUGCAGAAGUGGUGUCUCGGUCUCCCAAGACUCUACUCGAAUCGGACCGGUACGUGUGCGAGAUCUGCAACCAGGGAUUUCAGAGAGACCAGAAUCUGCAGAUGCACAGGCGUCGUCCUAAGGUGCCGUGGAAACUACUGAAGCGAGAGAUAGCAGAAGAUCAGGUGAUCAAGAAGAAGGUGUUUGUGUGCCCGGAGCCCAGCUGCCUCCACCACGACCCCCGCCACGCCCUAGGCGAUCUCGUCGGGAUCAAAAAAAAAAAACACUUCAGAAGAAAACACAGCAACCACAAGCAGUGGGUCUGCGACAAGUGCUCCAAAGGCUACGCCGUGCAGUCCGAUUACAAAGCACACCUCAAAACCUGCGGCACCAGAGGACAUUCCUGUGACUGCGGCCGUGUCUUUUCCAGAGUGGAAAGUUUCAUAGAGCACCAAGACAUUUGCACAGUCCGACACGUCGUUCGGCCGGAAUUACAGGCAGCGCUGCAGCCGGCGGCCUACUCGUCGCGAACUGCAUCAAGUACCAGCCCCUCUAGCGACGCCAAUUUCAGCAUUAGUAACAAUGUGGCAGCUCCAGUAGUAAUGGCUGGACUCCCGGUGCGACCAAACCCAACUCACCAUCACGAUAAGCGCACCGGAUUCCGCAAAAAAAAAUAA